GAUGAUGGGUAGAUUACAGACCUAUCGCCCCAAGCAGUACGAGUCAUUCGUCAUCAUCGUCAUCAUCAUUAGCCAUGGUCGGUAGCACACCAAGCAGAAACAAGCUUCCUUCAUCUGUCCCUAACCUAGUGAGGUCCCCAAGCACGCCAAGUAGUCGUUGUUCGAGAAGACUGUCCCCGUCUCCUAAGAACUGAUUGGAUGUUUGACAGCCUCGUACCAAGGACGUUGUGGACUUUGAAUCUGCGUCACGAUCGGCAGAAAACGGAGUAAAAUAUUCAAAGUUUGUACCAGGAAUGCCUUCGCCGAAAAAAAUAGUGAAUUGGAGUUCUUAUAAUUGCCCAAGGUUAGAUUGUAUCGAGCAACCGUUCAGAUAAUUCGAGAUUCUGCAGCGAGCUGAGAUUUUUGAAACGGUAGAAAAUUCUUCACCGAAUCCCAACAAUGACUGAAAGUGCAGUCACCGCUGUCGGGCCGGAGGUGGGCCUUAAUGAUUUCUGGCAAUGGCGGGCACAGUCGUUUCUCUGGAAGUAUGGCCCGCCAUUUCUGAUCGUAGUCGGUAUAAUCCUGAACUCUUUAACAAUUGUAGUCUUACUGAAACAAAAGUUCGGUAAGUCUUCAACACGAAUACUAUUGAUUGCCCUUGCACUUUCUGAUUCGUCAUGUCUUCUCAUCGAACCGUUUUUCCAUUGGGCAACGAAGAUAUUCCCGGGUUUUAACAAACGCCGAUUUUCGGCCGCCCCGGCCUCAUGUCCAUUUCAAAUUUUCUUCACGUACUUUAUCAGACAGUUUGCAAGUUGGAUGGUCAUGUUUCUAACCGUCGAAAGGUGGCUCUCGGUGUCUUAUCCUUUAAAAGCAAGGCUUCUGUGUACUGCACGACGAGUGUGGGCGAGUAUAUCUGCCGCUGUAAUCUUCCUUUUACUUCUCAACGCGCACAUUCUGUUUUUUUAUCGAGUUGGAAACACAUUUAGAUGCAGCAUGAAAUGGAACCAGGAAUAUGUUAAUUUCUUUUUGACAUUUUGGUAUUGGAUUGACAUGAUGUUGUAUUGCGGGGUACCCUUCUUGGUGAUCGCUUUGUGUAACCUCAGUAUAUUGCACGCGCUCAUACAAAGCAAUCUAAAUCGUAAACAUCUUCAUACAACAGAAAAUAAGUCAGAGGGCGAUGCUUCUCGUUUGACAAGUGUAACAUACAUGCUCACAACUGUCAGUAUUUUCUUUAUUUUGCUUACUUUGCCCAGACAAGCUUAUUUCAUCUGGGUAGGCAUGCUGCCGCCCGCAAGCGAGAGAUCCAUGGAACUAAUCGCUAACAGCUACCUCGCUUACAGUAUUGCCAACUUGAUGAGUUAUAUUAAUAAUACAAUCAAUUUUCUUCUUUACUGCAUCAGCGGAAGGCAUUUUCGUCAAGAAGUCGUCAAAAUGUUUCGAAAGAUCAAAUCCGGUCAUGAUCAGUAGGGCUGUCCAAGUCUCUCCAAAUAGCCUCCUUUCCGUUAUUACUUAUAAUCUGCAUCUCUGAAUAAGAAUAGUAAUUCCGUCUGUGAACUACACAGCAAUAACGAUAUCUCGAUAUGUAGUGCAGCUGAGAUUUCGCAGAGAUGCGUUGCAUUCCAUUUGCUUCGAUCCAUGGAAGAGUGCGAAUUACCAUUUUAUUGCAUUUUCUACUACCAUCAACAUCCGAACAGCCACAAAGUCAGUCGGCAAUUUUGUCAAAUAGUGUUAAGUUCGUUAAACUAUAUAAACUUUAGUUGGUGCAUGUGCUAUAUAGGUCAUUUCGACUAGAAUUUAUGUUUUCCAUCAUACUAAAAAAGGACCGCUUACGUUGGUGCAGGCAUGUGGCGCCAACCCCGUUCAGAUUGCCAAAUUCAGAUACCAACUGAACAAUUGGUUGAUGUACUAGAAUUACCAGAUUCAUCUUACCAAGGAUUUAUCAUUUGUUCAUCAUCGUACACUAUCAGGUUGGUCACUUGACCAAUUGAGACUGGUGAAUUUUGAUCAAAUGACCAAUUUGUAUUGGAAUAGUCGGAUUGUUAAUAGUAGGCCGUGGGUGUUUGUAAAGGAGCGAUUACGACUUCACUGUAAAAACACAACUGUGUUAGACUUAAUUAAUAAAGGUAUAUAUUUAACAGUUAACAUUGAUCGAGCUUCCAAAGUUUAAAACUGGAAAGCAUCUGUAGAAUAUAGUUUCCAACUGGAAAAGCUUUUACCAUCAAAUUCAUAUACAAUACAUGUAAAAGUGUGCAAUCAAUGGAUUGGGACAGCUUAUGAAUGAUGGUUUGUUUAUUUUCCAAUUAUUCUUUUUUAUACACAUCACGGCAAAUCGCGAGUAAAUAAUCAUCUACUCGCAGGUCAGCUUCUGAUACUGCAAAAGGUCAUAAUUCUCAAACCAACUAAACAAAUUGGUCGCGACAACUGGUCGGUUGGUCGUGCCAAAACUUAACAAGCAUUUUGGUCGAUAUCCACUGAUCAGGUUGGUUGAUCUGAGCCUUUGUAGAAUUGACCAAGUUAACACCGAGCAGUAACUGCCGAACUAGCUUUGUCA